AUGUCUUCAGGUGUCGACACAGGUGAUGAUCUGCAAGCCGAGAAGGCUGGCAUUGAACAAUCCGAGAUCUUAGUCAAUUCGGAUGUCAUGAACGAUGCCUUCGAUGCUGAGAACCACGAACAUGAGCAGAGUACGUGGGCGGCCAUGAAGAGUCACCCCUGGGCUUGUUUAUGGGCAUUCACUAUGUGCUUUACUAUUGUCAUGGAAUCGUUCGAUAUGUUCCUGAAUGGUAACUUUGUCGCUCUUGAGAUUUUUCAAGAGACAUAUGGCGUUCAAAUCGAGGGACACGAUGGUUGGGUUAUUCCAACCAAAUGGCAGAGUUCACUCUUCCAGGCCGGUCAAUGUGGCGCUUUCGUCGGUGUUUUCUUGGCUGGUCCUAUCACCAACCGGUUCGGCUAUCGCUUGACUACUAUCUUCGCUUUGAUCCUUAUGAACGCCACCAUUUUCGUUUCCUUCUUUGCAAACUCACUCACCCUCCUUGUGGUCGGCCAAGCCUUGGAAGGUGUCCCUUGGGGAUUCUUCAUUGCCAACUCCCCCGCUUAUGCCAGUGAGAUUGUUCCUCUCACCCUGAGAGGUGCCUGCACGGCCACUCUGCAAAUGAGUUGGUCCAUCGGUUCCAUCAUUGUCGCCGGCGCAACCUACGGGUACAAUAAGCGUCGGGAUGAAUGGGCUUGGCGAAUCCCUCUUGCCUUGCAAUGGAUCUUCCCUACUCCCCUUUUGGUCCUUCUCUUCUUCGCCCCCGAAUCCCCUUGGUGGUUGAUGCGUCGCGGACGCAAAGCUGAGGCCCUUCGUUCCAUCGAGCGCCUUGGUACCGAAUCCCCUGAGCAUGCCCAGCGGUCACUUGCCAUGAUCGAGCGAACCGUUCAGAUCGAAGCCCAAAUGGGCGGUUCGCCUACUCUCCUUGACCUUCUCAAGGGAACCGAUUUAAGACGAACAAUUAUCACCUGCUUAAUCUACGCCUCGCAGAACUUCGCCGGUAACUUGAUUGCCAAUCAGGCAACUUACUUCUUUGAGCAGGCUGGUAUGGGUCCCGACCGUUCAUUCCAGCUCAAUCUGAUCAACUCAUGUCUCCAAUUGGUUGCGAACAUACUUUCUCUGCCUCUGGCUUCCUCAUUCGGUCGCCGAACCAUCUAUCUUUGGGGCACAGUCACCAACAUCAUUCUCCUCAUGGUCCUCGGCAUUUGCGCAUCUAUCAGCCAGAACAGUGCGACCAACUACGCCCAAGCCGUUCUGGGAAUCCUAAUCUCCUUCGUAUUUGCCGGUUCUCUUGGACCUAUUUCAUAUACCAUCAUUUCCGAGACAUCUUCCGUCCGUCUUCGCGCUCUGAGUACCGGUGUCGGUCGUGCCGCCUACUAUGUUGCCGAGAUCCCCAUGAUCUACCUUGCUUCGCAGAUGCUCAACCCUUCUGGAUGGAAUCUCGCCGGAAAGUGCGGUUAUAUCUGGGGAGGUACCGCUUGUGUCUGCUUCGUGUCGGCGUACUUCUUCCUUCCUGAGCUCAAGGGUCGCUCUUACCGUGAGAGUGAUAUCUUGUUCAAUCGCAAGAUUCCUGCUCGGAAGUUCAAGUCUACCGUUAUUGAUGUUAGGGAGAACGAGUAA